GGCUGGGGGCGCCCGGAGGCCCCCCGACAGCGCCCCGCGGAGCAGCAGCAGCAGCGAGAGGCGCGAAGAUGACGCUGAACACCCAGCAAGGAGGGAGCACGAGUCCUUCCCGGAGACGGGCCAGCACCCCGCUUCCCGCCUCCUAUGGGACUCGCCCGGGGAUGCUGAGCGUUCGCCCCAAGCCGGCCAGAGCUGGCCACCCGCAGCUGGGGCAGUCCUCGUCCUGCGAGCCCCGAGGGCGCCUGCCUGAGCCACGGGGCAGCUGGUCUUCGGAGUCCUCUGAUUCGGAGGAGUCGUGGGAGUCGCUGUACCGAGUGGUGCUCCUGGGCGACCCCGGCGUGGGCAAGACCAGUUUGGUCAACCUUUUCGCUGGGGUUCAAGAGAAGGAUUUGCCGGAACAACAGAGAGAGGACACCUAUGAGCGCACCUUGUCUGUGGAUGGCGAGGAGACCACGCUGAUGGUGAUCGACACCUGGGAGGCUGAGAAGCGGCCCUCGGAAGAAGACAACUGGUUCCACAAUUACUGCAUGCAGGUGGGCAACGCCUACGUCAUCGUCUACUCCAUCACCGACCGGGGCAGCUUCGAGAGCGCUUCGGAGAUGCGGAUCCAGCUGCGCCGCACCCGCCAGGCGGAGAAUAUCCCCAUCAUUUUGGUGGGCAACAAGACUGACCUGGUGCGCUGCCGGGAGGUUUCCGUGGAAGAAGGCCGGGCCUGCGCCGUGGUCUUUGACUGCAAGUUCAUCGAGACGUCGGCCGCCCUCCAGCACAACGUCGCUGAGCUCUUCGAGGGGGUGGUGCGGCAGAUCCGGCUGCGGAGGGACAGCAAGGAGGCCAACGCCAGGCGCAUGUCGCUCUACAAGCGCAAGGAGAGCCUCACCAAGAAAGUGCGCCGCUUCCUCGACCGGCUGGUAGCCCGCAACAACAAGAAGGUGGCCCUGAAGGUCCGUUCCAAGUCCUGCCAUGACCUCUCCGUGCUCUGAGCGAAUCCAACGCUGCCGCCGCCGCCGCCGCCGCCCAUCCCCUCUUGUGCUUCCAAGAGCUCGGACUUGGUAUUCCUUCCCACGUGUACGUAGGGGGGAUGCAAACUCUUCUUUGCUGGUGUCCCUUAAGACAGGAGGACCUUCCCGUAGGGCAAAGCAAAGAUCCGUGGGCAGCCAGACGGCGUGGUGCCGCAGGGGUGUCCCAUUCUAGGGAGGCCCUUCUGGCGCCAACUUGGCCUUUGUCACAUCAAUCCGUGGCCUUUGUUCAAAGCUCUGGGGGUGAGGGUGGGCUCUUCUCCACAGCCCUGGUCUUGGGGUAAGAGGAAUGGGACUGAGUGGGACGUCACCCUGCUCGAUCGUCGUGACCCCAAAGGCUUUUGGCGUUGCCCUCUUGGCUCCGCUGGACCUACAGCAGUGUCCAGCGUGCCUCAGGCCUGUGGCUGAUGCCAGGAAAGACUUUUGUCCAGAACCCCUGAGUUAAUUGCUUGAAGCCUGGCUUUCACAUCGCGUCAUACUCACAGGCCCGGAGUAAGUAUUAUGUUAAGAGCUCUAUAGAGCAGGAACAGCUUCAGAAAAUGGGGAGCAGCCUGUUGUAUUAUAAUUGAAUCUUCCCCGAUGGGAACCCUACCAAAUACCUAAAUCCUGUAGCUUAGAAGAGGGAGGCUGUUCUCUUCUCAAGAUCGUAGGAGGCAGGAGUCAUUUCUUUUCCUUUUUCUUCAGAGGCAACACAAUGUUAAAUAUGGAUGCUGAAUACUUUCUGCACUGCAGAAGGUCUUAAGAAAUGGACGGAAAUGGGAGCAUCUGAGGGCGUUUAUGGGCACAUCCGUCUUCACGUCUGAAUGCUAAUAAGAUUAUGGGAAGGGAGAGAAAGUGUGAAUCUUGGGGACGGUUGUAGGGAAUCCGGUCUCCCUUUAGGGAUUCCUAGUGCUUUCCUCUGACCUCCUGAGUGCAGAAGCAGGUGAUAGAAGUAGAGCUUCCAAAUCACGGGAGGUCCU